AUGGAUCUGCUGGAGCGCCUGAGGAGCGACUCGCUCUCUCUGCCGCCCCUCGCGUUCUGCCUCUCGCUCUGCGCGCUCCUUGUUGCGGCGCUCAAAGUGACGAAGCUCGUGGCGGCACAAAGGAAGACCGUCCGCCUGCUGCGCUCUUUCCCCGGGCCGCCCGCUCACUGGCUGUUGGGACACAUUGCCGAGUUCUCUCAAGAUGGGACCGAAAUCGACCGAGUCUACGAGUGGGCGCAGAAGUUUCCCUUCGUCUUCCCCUUGUGGUUCGGACCGUUUGUUGCCGUCUUGCUUAUGCACCACCCCGAUUACAUAAAGACCAUCACGACAUCGACAGAGCCCAAAGACGACUUUGUGUACAAGUUUCUCAUUCCCUGGAUAGGUAAGGACGGUUUGCUCGUGUCUCGGGGUCAGAAAUGGUUCCGACACAGACGGCUGCUCACUCCUGGCUUCCAUUACGACAUCCUGAAGAACUACGUGCCGCUGAUGGCGGACUCCACAAACAUCAUGCUGGAUAAGUGGGAAACUUAUGCCAACCAAGAAGACUCAUUUGAGCUUUUUGAACACGUGAGCUUGAUGGCGCUGGAUACUAUUAUGAAAUGUGCAUUUAGCUGCGAAAGCCACUGUCAGACCGAAGGAGGCACCAAUUCCUAUAUUCAGGCCGUGUACGAGCUCAGCGACAUUAUAAACACAAGGUCCUUGGUAUUUCCUUACCAUAGUGAUGUACUCUUCCAUCUCAGUCCACAUGGGUACAGGUUUCGGAAGGCAUGCAAGAUUGCUCAUCAGCACACAGAUGAGGUCAUUAAGCAAAGGAAAAAGGCUCUAAAGGAAGAAUUGGGCACAGGGCAGAAGAGAUACUUGGACUUCCUUGAUAUCUUAUUGUGUGCAAAAGACGACGAGCAGCAGGGCCUGUCCGACAAAGACAUCAGGGCAGAGGUGGACACCUUUAUGUUUGAGGGCCAUGACACAACGGCCACUGGGAUCUCCUGGAUCUUGUACAGCCUGGCCUGCCACCCCAAGCACCAGCAGAUGUGUCGAGAGGAGGUGACGGAGGUGCUCAGGGGCAAGGACACGAUGGAGUGGGAGGAUCUAAGCAAAAUUCCUUACACAACCAUGUGUAUAAAGGAGUCUCUUCGUUUGUAUCCCCCGGUCCCCAGCAUGGCGCGAAAACUGACCAAGGCAGUGACGUUCGCUGACGGGAGGACGCUGCCCGAAGGAUCUAUGAUUGGAACCAGUAUUUACAGCCUUCACAGAAACCCUGCAAUUUGGGAAAACCCUGAGGAGUUCGAACCCCUGAGGUUUCUUCCAGAAAACUGCGCUAAGAGGUCCCCCCAUGCUUUUUUGCCUUUCUCUGCUGGGCCAAGGAACUGCAUCGGGCAGAACUUUGCCAUGAAUGAGAUGAAGGUGGCUGUGGCGCUCACCCUUAGGCGGUACCAACUGGAGAAGGACCCAAAGAAGAUCCCGAAAAAAAUACCGAGGCUGGUGCUGCGCUCCCUCAAUGGAAUUCACCUGAAAAUAAGGCGGGUGCAGCCAGAGCCCUGAACCCCAGCGAAAGAGCCCACGCAACACUGGAGUCAUUUGGAGGAAAGUGCAAUCUGAAGGGUUUCAAUAUUUCUCAUGUGGCCACCUUGUAACAUGUAACUGGACAUAAGGCAAAACCUGUGCAUCACCACUGUCUAUUUCCAUGUCAGGACAUUUUAGAAAAGAAUCCUUGAAGUGCAACCUAGAGGGAGACCUUUCAAUGACAUCAUAAAUAAAGGUGAAAGCAGGCAAAUGCAACGAGGUGCGCUGUGCUAGGCUGCAAUAAAUGUUUUACUCAGGGCUAAAGGUCUGAAGUAUGAUGAAACACCCAGUUUAAUGUUACAGAGAGCAAACAUAAGAAAAAUAGUGAACUUUAAUACAGAUUUUAAGACAAUAAUGAUUCACUUAUUUUUAAUGGGAAGCUAGUUUCCCUUACGAUUCAUCUUAAAAUUAACACACUAACUGGAUUAACUCGAUUGUAAAAAUUGCCGCUUCACUUCAUUCAAUCGGCCAUAUACAUUAAUGAAGUCUCGGUUCUGUGUCAUUUCAUUUAUGCAAUCUCAGAUGAAAACUCUUUCACCGAAAAACAAAAAUUGUUUUUUCAAUGCUGUUCAUGUGCUGAGCCUACAGAGGAGACUAAUGUGAAAUCAGAGUAAUACAGUAAAACACAUGUUGAAAUGUGCAUCACGUGGUUCUGUUCACUACUGCUACUUAUAUCUUUUCAAUUAUUUUGCAACGUAAACCACACGCUGGCACUUAAAACAUACAAUUCUGAUGAUAAAACAUUUGUCGUACUAUUUAUUCAACCCCUGUCGGUCUCUGGAAUCCCCACAAGUCCUUUCAGCUCUUCCUCCUCCCACAAUUUGCUGUGUCCAGUACUGGUACCUGCUUGGGUUUGGAACCCCUCUCAGAUGGUGUAGGUGCUCCAAAUGACAGAUGCAAGUCAGCAGGCACUUGCUGGGCCUUGUGCGGCUCCAUCCAGACACGUUCCAGAAAGGUGCCACAUGCUUUAAAACUGAGGAGCAACACAUUGCAAUUUUUGUAUGCUUUCAGCUGCUCCAAAUACUCCAGAAAUUGGACAAGGAAAUAAUGAGAAAUUAUAGGAUUAUAAUAUAAUACAUAUUAUAUAUGAGGGGGGCGUGGAGACGCAGGAGGUUUGGCCGGGUCCUGCUCUCUGGUGCGUCUGGGGUUCGAGUCCUGCUUGGGGUGCCUUGAGAU